UGACGUGUAGUUCGGGUAUUGGAUAUGGACCAGGGAUCACAGUUUCAGUUUCGUCAGAAUAACAAAAGUAGUAAAAUGUAAAAACGUUCAUUGUAGUGCGUACUAAGUAUUGAUUGAGUGCUGCUUUUUAAAUGAUAACAUUGUUCAAAGUACCUACCUACAUUCGUUAAUUACCUACUUAUUACGCGAGUAACUGUUCUUCAUCGAUCUGAAAAUUUUUACCACUACCUAAGUAUUUAUCUCGCGUUCAAGUGUUGUUAAGUAGUAAGUAGUGUAUUUUGAAAGUUCUUCGGUGAUCGGUGACAAUUUACACUUAGAAAAUAUCGUUUAAAAAGUAUCAUGGGAGCAUCUAUUACCAAAAGCGUUGAAGAUUUUGCAAGUCAAAUCGACGAUUUGGAAAACAAAGUAUCAAAUCGGAAGCUUACCGUGCUCGAAGCAAAAAUAUAUUACGAUCAUUUGACAUCAGUUUACGAGAACGUGAAAUCAUAUGAAACCCAAUUGAAAACCAGCACCCAAAAUGAGUCGAUAGUGUCCACCUGCUUCAAUACAAUACGAGAAAUCUACUCGAAGGUGAUCGAUCUUGAAAUAAAAUUAACGAAAGUUUUAGAAUCAACAUCAUCGAGCGAAAUCAAUAUCGAAGAAUCCAAUGCAACAAAAGAGUCCGAAACGGCGAAAAAUUUACACUUACAACUCCGAAAACAAAGUUACCUCAUCAGACAAAUGAAAUCGCUAGAAACACAGAAAGAUAUCUGCGCAACAAAGGCAGAAAUAUUGAACAAACACCUUUCUCAACUUUACGACACGUUUACCUCAAAUCAAAUCCUGAUUGAAGGUAACGUCGACGACGGCGACUCUCUUCAAAAUCAACAAAAAAUUUCUACAGAUAUCCAGCAAAUGGUGAUCGACUUUCAAACGAAGCUGAAGAAAAUCAUAAAACCAACGGAAUCGACCGGAUAUAAACGUCCAACACUCACAGAAGAGCAAAGGAAGAGCUUAAUGACCGGAAUGGCACAUCCCUCACCAACAUUACCAGUAAGCCCAUUACCAUUAUCAUCGCUAUCAUCAUCACCAUCAUCAUCGCCAUCACCACCACUACAACAACAACAGCAACAACAACUGCAGUGGGAGAACUGGCCGCAAGGACUGAACAUGCAACAACAACUGCAAUUCCUGUCGGCUAAACAGCAAUUUCUUCAGAAUCAAGUCGGCAACAGUAACGGCAACAGUAACAGCAACAGCAACAGCAACCCGCUUGUUUAUUGGAACAGGUGUUAAUCAAACAAAUGAAUCGCUGUAUUUUCCAACAAUAUCGAUAUUCUACGAUUAAAUGAUCCAACUUGGUAAA